AAAUGCCUUCUUCACCCUUGUUCCCCUUACCUUCCAGAUAGUUUCUGCUGUGCAGUACUGUCACCAAAAAUUCAUUGUACAUAGAGACUUGAAGGCAGAGAAUCUGCUGUUAGAUGCCGACAUGAACAUCAAGAUUGCAGACUUUGGUUUCAGCAACGAGUUCACGUUUGGCAACAAGCUUGACACGUUCUGCGGGAGCCCCCCGUACGCAGCGCCUGAAUUGUUCCAGGGCAAGAAGUACGACGGACCCGAGGUGGACGUCUGGAGCCUUGGGGUCAUUCUCUACACACUGGUCAGCGGCUCCCUGCCUUUUGAUGGGCAGAACCUCAAGGAGCUGCGAGAACGGGUCUUGAGGGGGAAGUAUCGCAUCCCCUUCUAUAUGUCCACGGACUGCGAGAACCUGCUGAAAAAAUUCCUUAUCCUGAACCCUAGCAAGAGAGGCACUUUAGAGCAAAUCAUGAAAGACCGCUGGAUGAAUGUGGGACAUGAGGACGAUGAAUUGAAGCCUUAUGUGGAACCUCUGCCAGACUACAAGGACCCUCGGCGGACAGGUGCUUUUUCCGAUUCCUUUUUCCUGCUCUUUCAGCUCGACAACGAUAGCAUUACCCUAAAGCCGCGGCCCCAGCCUGACCUCGCCAACAGCACGGCUCCCUCCCCUUCACACAAGGUACAGCGCAGCGUAUCUGCCAACCCCAAGCAGCGCCGCUUAAGCGACCAGGUACCCACCAUCCCAACCUCCACGUCUUACUCCAAGAAAACGCAGGCUGCCAAUGCCGAGAACAAGCGACCCGAAGAGGAACGGGAGGCCGGGCGUAGCAAGACCGGCAGCACCGUCAAAGUGCCCGCCAGCCCGCUGCCUGGUCUGGAGAGAAAGAAGAGCACCCCAAUGCCCUCCACGAACAGUGUCCUCUCGACCAGCACAAACCGGAGCCGCAAUUCACCCAUGCUGGACCGCGCCAGCUUGGGCCAGAACUCGAUACAGAACGGCAAAGAUAGCCUAACCACUCCGGGCUCCAGGGCCUCUACCGCCUCCGCUUCUGCUGCCGUGAGCUCCGCGCGCCCGCGACAACACCAGAAAUCCAUGUCUGCCUCGGUGCACCCCUCCAAGCCCACGCUGCCCCCCACCGAUAAUAACUGCGAGGCCCAGCGACCUAGCACUGCUCCCCAGCGGGCCCCUGUGGCCUCCCCCUCAGCCCACAAUAUCAGCAGCGCCCCGCCCGAGCGCACCAACUUCCCACGGGGCAUCCAGAGCCGCAGCACCUUUCACGCCGGGCAGCUCCGGCAGGUCCGGGACCAGCAGAACCUCCCUUAUGGCCUCACGCCCGCCUCGCCUUCUGGGAACAGCCAAGGCCGGAGGGGGGCCUCCGGGAGUCUCUUCAGCAAGUUCACCUCCAAGUUCGUACGCAGAAAUCUGUCUUUCAGGUUUGCCAGAAGGAACCUGCAUGAGCCCGAAAGCAAAGACCGCGUGGAGACACUCAGGCCUCACAUGACAGGCGGCGGUGGUGGCGGCGGGGACAAAGAGCGGGACGAGAACCGGGAGGCCAAGCCGCGGUCGCUGCGCUUCACCUGGAGCAUGAAGACCACCAGCUCCAUGGAGCCCAAUGAGAUGAUGAAGGAGAUCCGGAAAGUGCUGGACGCAAACAAUUGCCAGUGCGAGUUGCAGGAGAAAUACAUGCUCUUGUGCAUGCACGGGGCGCCCGGCCACGAGGCCUUCGUGCAGUGGGAGAUGGAGGUUUGCAAGCUCCCCCGCCUCUCGCUCAACGGCGUCCGCUUCAAGCGGAUAUCGGGCACUUCCAUGGCCUUCAAGAACAUUGCCUCCAAAAUCGCCAACGAACUCAAGCUUUAACGGGCCACCCCAGGGGAGGGGGCGCCUGGCCUGCACACGCACGGAGGGGGGUGAGGAGGAGAGCUGCAGCUUCCCUUCGGAGGGGCCCUGGUGCCGGCCAUGCAGGCAGGGGGUGGGCAGGGCAAGGGGGAGGUGGGGGCAACCCCUCUCUCCAUCCUCCCACGGCCCCCCCCUGAUGGAUCUCCAUGGAGACAGGGUGCGUGGGGUAGUGGCUGGCAGCCACUUAGCCGGUCUCCGUGGCAACAGUAAUGGGAGUGUACCAAGGGCUGUUGGAUGAGGGGGCAUCCCUUUUGGUCUCCGUGGCGACCAUGGUACUUUUUCUUCCCCCCCCCCCCCCCCUUUUUCUUCUUGUACAUGAGACAGGGUUUGCAAUUUUACCAAACGCAGCAGAAAGCGGAGACUCUCCCCUCCGGCGCAAGAGCGAGUCCUUUCCCACAAUGCCUUUCCCUCUCACAAUGCCCCUCCUCCUCGGAACCCAGGUUCACAGUUGGGAAGGGGGCAGCCCCUUGGCGCAAGGGGGAGCGGGAGAGCCGAGGUUCUCGAUGGGCAUUAAUGCAGCAACGGUCCCCCCACUCCACCCUCCGGAGUUCCCCUGCUCGAGCCAGUCCUUCCGUGCCAAGGGGCACUUCUGAGGUCCCCCCCUCUGCCUGACCCUUGAAACCCUGGUCCCUGCAGAGGCCGCCCCCACCCCAAACGAAGUGCCCGAAUCCCCCACAGGGUUUUCCUCUCGGCAUGAAACGUUCUUCCUUGCUAGUUGGGAGCGGCUGGGAGGGUUGAAAGGAGGAAGGGCUGGGUGCCGCCAGGCUUCUGUCCGUACAGCAACCCGAGCCAUCACUCCUCCCCGCCUUGCCCCCCCCUUUGUCCAGGCAUCGCAGUAGAGGGCCACUCUCUGGGGCUGGUCAGUGCCCUGUUUACACACUCAGACCCAAAAGAGCGGCCUGCCCCAAGCCGGCAGGGCGCUCCCGUCCGCUGC